AUGAGCCCCGAAGCCGCAGCCAUCCCGCAGCCGCCCUCGUCCACGAUCCUGACGUCGGACCAGCCCCCACGCACCCUCUGGAUGGGCGACCUCGACCCGAGCUUCGACGAGGCCACCAUCCAGCAGAUCUGGGCGCAGCUCGGCCAGCGCGUCAACGUCAAGCUCAUCCGCGCCAAGAAAAACCUCCUGAUCCCCUGCAGCACCAGCAGCACGUUCAACAGCUCCGAGCCGCAGUUCGCGGCCGGCGCCAGCGCCGCGGGCGCUGGCGCGCCCGCGACCCCCGCGGCGGGCUCCAAGAUCAACAUCAAUGGCGUCUCGUUCAUCGACCCGAGCACCACGCAGCUGCACCACGCUGGGUACUGCUUCGUGGAGUUCGAAAGCCUGGCGGACGCGCAGUGGGCGCUCGCGCUCAACGCGACCCCGCUGCCCAACGUGGCCAGCGCGUCCACGCGCCAGUUCACGAACCCGUCCGGGCUGCGCAACUUCCGUCUCAAUUGGGCGUCCGGAGCCACUUUGCAAAGCGCCAUCCCGUCCACGCCAGAGUUCUCGCUGUUUGUGGGCGACUUGUCGCCCACGGCCACCGAGGCGCACCUGUUGUCGCUCUUCCAGAAAAACUUCAAGAGCGUCAAGACCGUGCGUGUGCUCACGGACCCCAUCACGGGCGCCUCGCGCUGUUUUGGGUUUGUGCGCUUCGGCGACGAGCAAGAGCGCCGCAGAGCGCUCGCCGAGAUGAACGGCGUGUGGUGCCAAGGCCGCAACCUGCGCGUCGCCUACGCGACGCCCAGGAAUAACGUGGUUUGGCAACUCACGCAACAACAGCAGCAACGUCCGAACGCCCCGACGCAUAUCCCAGACGUGUUGGCAGGCGCACCCCAGUUUGCACCCCACGCCGCGCAACAGGCGCCCUUGCUCAUGAAAACGGCCAACUCUCUGGUCGACAACAACCUUAUUUCGAUCCCCAGUUCCAAUCUAGUUAACGAGCACUCGACGGGCUCCGGCCCAUCCCAAUUGACCCCCGUCGUGGCCCGAUCCAACUUCGCAAACCCCCACAACACCACCGUGUUCAUCGGCGGUCUCACAUCAAACACCACGGAGCGCCAUCUGCAUUCGUUGUUCUCGCCCUUCGGCACCAUCAUCAACGUGAAAAUUCCGCCAGGAAAGGGUUGUGGGUUCGUCAAGUACGCCAACCGCAUCGACGCCGAGGCUGCCAUCCAGGGAAUGCAAGGUUUCAUCGUCGGUGGCAACCCUAUCCGCCUCUCUUGGGGCAGAACUUCUGCCGACACCACUAGGAACGUGUCCUUCUUGGACAAUUCUCCCGCGCCCACCGGCAACACGGAUGCUCCUCAGACGUUUUGGAACUCCUAUCCAUCCAAUACGGCUCCAGUGUUUGUUCCUCAGCAUUUACAGAGGGAGGAUCCUCCGGCGCAACCCAACAGUGUGCCCCCAGUGCAUCCCUCCUUGUUGUAG